GGAGGGCAGGGAAGAGAGGGAAAAAAAUGAGGGCAGGGAAGACAGAAUGAGAGGGAGGUGGGGAAGAAAGGAAAAAAGAGAAUGACAAAAAAGGCAGGGAAGAGAGGGGGACAGAGAGAGAAUGAGAGGGGGCAACGAAGAGAGAGAAGCGGCACUCUGUCCAUGUUCAGAAACCUCUUUCUCCCUGGCCAGGGCAGGAAGUUACCGCCGCCACGGGAGCAGCCACCACCUUCUCCUCUUCCCCCCUCGAGACGCGCCGCCCAGAUGGGAAACUCCGGCUCUGCACAAGCCGUCGGGCGCUUCCGCUUGGCGUUAAGAUGGAAGCUGAAACUUGAGAGCGCCAGAAAGCAGCGGCGAUGGGAACGGAUGGAGUGGUGGUUCUCGGCGUUGUUGGGGCUCCCAGGGCAACUCCAGCGGCUUAUUAGCCACGUAGUGACUUGGGUCUUCAACAGCUGGCCGACGCGGGCUUCCAUCAUGCCGAACGCCACGAUCCUUGACGAAUUCGCGGUGGCCGAGGAGGCUCAGGAGAUGUUGAUGCAACACCGUCCCCAGAUCGAGCGCCUCUUUCAGGUGGAGCUGAAUGUCAUGGGGGUGCUGGGAUCGGACCCCAAAGGAGCAAGGAAGAUCUGGUUGCAGUUGCAAGGAAGCCAAGGGAAACUUCACAGGGCAAAGGAAUACAUCAAAGGUCUUUGUGGCCCAGAGCUUCAGGAGGAAGUACAGUAUCCUAAAGACAUGCAGUGCAUCUUCCUUGGUGCCCAAGGGUUGUUCCUGGAUUGCCUCAUUCGAGGGACAACGGCCAACCUCACCUCUCUCCACCCAGGUACCCUGCUGAUCUCAGGGCUGGCAGAGGCAUUUGUCAUGGCUCAGAGCCGGAUCCAGGAAUUUGUGGGGAAACACCAGAAGAACCUUAAACUUCCAGAAGAACGGGAAGCUCAAGUUAAACGGUCCUUCCGGGAAUUGGUGGAGAAAUACGAUGACAAACAUGCCAUGGAUCUUUUGAUCUUGCCCACCUCGGUCAAAGAGGAAUUGCUUGGUUUGGUCAAGGAGAUUCAGGAAGAAGACAUGAAGGGGCAAAAGAAUGGCUACAGGAUGCCAUCCGGUUUUGGGAGAGAUUGUUCGCUGGGGUGGGAAGCCAAUGCUGUGAAUGGUGGCAGAUCUAGGACUCCAGAUCGGCCUCAGUCUGUCUUUGACAUACCUGAAGAACUCAGUCAAAUCCAGGAUCAGAAUAGAACUAGAGGCUCCAGUCCUGACUGGCCUAUGGAAAUUAUCAGGCCACAAGAAUCUCUUCACCAAGCUGCAGAUUUGAUGCAACUACCGUACUCGGCUAGGCCUUGGGAUGCCAGGGCUGACUUGCCUACCAUGGACACGAAACCUCAAGACCCAAAACUUCGUCACAUCCCAUGGAAUGACUUUUCCAGAAGUUCUGAGGAGGCCCAAUUGCUCCCUAAGUCACAGGGACAUCUCUCUGACUUGAAUGGUCCUCAGCAUUGGCUUGAGGCCAUGACCGCUAAGAUUUCUCGACUUCCCAAGAGUUCCUCUAAACCGUUUCCAGUUACCUCCGAGACUCAAAUUCUACCUGGAUACAAAGGCCUCACAGAAAGCUUGGAGGAUCAUCAGGCAGAAGAGAAGAAACACCUUUGGGAAACCGCAUCGAGUCCCGUUAGUUUGCCUGAGGAAACCACGGAGGGGGAGGAGGAGGCAAUGUCUGAUAUUUUGCUGUCAUCGUGGACUGAAAAAGAGUUCAAAAUGAGGCUAAACUUCUUUAAAACGAUGGGCUACGAGGAGCGCGUGGUCAAAAAGAUACUAUUGGAGGGUGGAGUGCAGGAAGCCCCUUCAACUAUCUUGGAUAGAGUCCAGAUGAUGGCGGCGAGCUUGUCUCAAAAUGAAGAUACCUCCCCAUCUCAGGAGGAGCCUGAACGACGAGGUCUCGCCGCUUUGUCUCUGAAAGACCCAUACGAUGAAAACAGUUAUGUCAAGGAACUGAUCAAAACGGCAGUGGUCAACUGUGGCCAUUGUCCCAGCAAGAUCCCCACAGAAAUACAAACAGGAGCCCCAUUGGCAAGUCUCCUGAGGCAACUCAACGAGAAAGGGGAAUGCCAAGACGAAGGCGAGUGUGCAACAGGGGGAUCACCAAUGAAGCCAGAACAUGGAGGUCAGUUUGGCAUCCAGAGGGCAACCAUUUUGAAUCAUGGGGAAUCUUCUCCGUCGAGGACUCAUCCGGAGGAAAGGUGGAAUGGUGCACUUUCGAAUCACAAGGGUGUCCAUGUUUCAGCAAGUAAUCCUGGAGUUUCUCCCACUGCUAAUUUUUUCUCCUCCCUAUCGGAUCCUGAGGGGAUCAAGUCAGCUGAAAGCAGCACCAUGGAAGCUCUUCACCAGGCUUCUGUUUCUACAGUAACGGGAGCUCAGCGCUUUGAGGAGGCUCUCCAGACUGAGUUCAAGCUCACGCUGGCCAACACACCUGGGAAGAAGAAUUUGCGGAUGGUCAUUAUUGAUGGUAGCAACGUGGCCAUGAUGCACGGUCUGAACCAGUUCUUCUCAUGCCGAGGAAUCGCCCUAGCCGUGCAAUAUUUCUGGGACCGAGGCCACCGUGAAGUGAACGUCUUAGUGCCCGCUUAUCGAAUGGAAAAAGAUUCUAAUGUGAGAGAGAGGCGCUUUUUGACUGAACUGCACGACCUAAGAAUCCUGUCCCUGACACCAUCCCGGAAAAUCGACGGGAGAGGCAUUGUCCCAUAUGAUGACAGAAUGAUGCUGAAACUAGCGGAACAGACCAACGGAGUGAUUGUCACCAACGACCAGUUUCGGGACCUUGCCAAAGAAUCAAAGAGAUGGAUCAAGAUAAUCAAGGAGAGCUUGUUGCAGUACACCUUCGUGGGGAACAUAUUUAUGGUGCCGGAUGACCCCUUAGGACGAAGUGGCCCUACCUUAGCAGAAUUCCUGAGGAAAAAAACAAGAACCAAGUAUCCCGAGUGUCACUCUUUCAACGGCCAGCCGGCCGCCCAGUUCACACCGUCUCGUCCUAUUGCGCAGACGGAGGUCCUUCAACUCCGGGACAGGAAGCCCCCUGCCGGUUCAGCAGGGGACUACAGGAGAGGUCGGCAGGACAGCCCCGUCGAGAAGGAGAAACUUCGCUCCACAGAGGAGACGGAGUGGCUGAGGGGAAAGCUUUUGGAAAUUUUUGAGGGACAAGACAGGAAAGUGGACUUCGUGCUCAUCCGAGAACCUUGCUGCCAAGACCUGAACAAGCUUUCAGAGGCCAUUCUCAGUUUUACUUUCUGAGCUAGCCUGGUGGACGAUUCCUUCCUGUGUUCUGUUUCCCAAAACGAGAUGAACUAACCACGUUGCCUUCAGAUAUUGAAUGUCAAAUGAUCGGUGUGGCCAUUGACCAGGGAGAAAAUGCUUCAGGAACGAAGAACUAAAGAUUAGACCCUGCAAAAUGCUUCAGUCCUGAAGCCCAAAGCACUGUUGUUAUUCUCCUCCCCCCCCCCCCCCAAGGUUUCCUUAAUAUCAGAUGAAUCUCAUCUUUGGAUCAGAUUGUCUUCUCUUCCAUAAUCGGAGCUCGCUCUCUCUUUCUCUCUCUCGCUCUCUCCCCAUUCCGGAAAUGUGAAGUUGCUUGCAGGAAGAUAACUCCCUACAUGCAAUACGGCCGACCUAAGCUACUGUAUGAGAGAGCGAAAGACUUUCGAGAUGGAAUUAUUACUCCAAACAAAUUGGGUCCUUUGCUACGAGAGAAACUCCUUGCAGGAUUUCUCACUCUUUAAAACUUCAAUUCCCAGCAUUCAAAUCUUGGCUCCGUUUUAACCAAUCCGCGAACUCUGUGACAAAAGUCAUGACUUUUUUAAGUUUUCACUUUUAAAAGGGACAGAUGAGGGGUUCUUGGUGCUCUGUGAUCUUGGUUGUUUCCUUGCAGAAGUUUCACUACCCAAACUAGGUCACUGAUGCUAGCUCUGAUGGUGUUACCUAGUUGGGUCGUGAAAUGUCCGCAAGAAAACAACCAGGCACAAGAAAGCACCAAGAACCCCUCAUUUCAACCCUGAGGUACAACUAUUCUCUUUUAUUGGUAGAGUUGCUUAGACAGAACCUCUAUUUUAGGCUUCGCAAAAAGACCACCGCUGUGUAUUCUCAGUAUGUUCCUGUUCGAUUGGGGUCCAGUUUAACAUUAAGACGCAUUGUGGAUUAGGUGUCUGUCUUGAUAAAAAAGCUGCUUUAAACUUCUACAAUAGCUUUCCUCAAGGUGGCAACCUCUAAAUAUAUUCAGUGUCUUCAGGUGCAAUUAUUCAUCUUAUUAUUAAAAAAAAAAAAAGGGUGGGGGGACCAUUUCACACAUCUAGGUCAACUGGUUGGAAGAAAAAUCUGAGCCUCCGAUACCGAUUGUAUAAAUCCUAUUUUAUAACUUUUGAGUAUGGUGCCAAAAUCAAUUUUACGCAGAGGUUUUUAAAUUUUCCCUCACGUAAUUCAAGUACAGUUGGCACUCUCACUUCUUAUACCAUCUCUUAUAAAUCUGUGAUUUUUAUUAAAAAAAAAUAUUUAAAAUUAUACUUUUGUAGGACGGAGGGAAAAAAAAUCGCACUGUUCCUCCGAACUAUUUUUUGAAAGCUAAAAAUAAAUCUUGUUUUCUGAAAAC